AUGAGUGACAAAUAUAAAAAAAAUGAUUACAACUUAUCUAACGAAACUGAAGAAAUGGCAGAUAAAACAGAAAUUGACUUAGAAAGUUUCUUUGAAGAGGCCUAUCGUAGUAGUGUAGAU